GCCCAUCUGACUACGGCCCCCACCCUCUCUCUUUCUCUCUCCCCCCCUCUAGGAAAGAAAGAAAAAAGUGAUAAAGUUCGAUCGGUGUUGUUUAUGGAAUGGAAUUGAACAACAUCGUCGCGCCGUUCGUCAUGAAGACUUUUCACAUGGUCAACGAUCCGACGACUGACAUCCUGAUCACCUGGGGCAGAGCCAACAACAGUUUCAUCGUCCUCGACCCGUUGGACUUCUCGCGGAAGAUCUUACCUGCGUAUUUCAAGCACAGCAACUUCUCCAGCUUCGUUCGUCAGCUCAACACCUAUGGAUUCAGAAAGGUGGAUCCCGAUAGAUGGGAAUUCGCGAACGAGUGGUUUCUUCGUGGCCAGAAGCUGUUGUUGAGGAACAUCGUGAGGAAAAAGCACGGCCGGAUCAAUUCGUAUACGCAAGUGAAACACGAAGAAUUAGAUGAGGAGGAACUGGUCAUGGAAAUAGCGAGGUUGAAGGAGGAGCAGAAGGCUAUGGACGAAGAGCUUCGGGGUAUGAACAAGCGCUUGGAGGCCACGGAGAAACGGCCUGAGCAAAUGAUGGUGUUCCUACGGAAAGUAUUCGCGGAAGACCCAGAUAUCCUUCCACGUAUGAUGCUCCAGAAAGAACGGACGAGGCGGAUCAUGAGCAGCGAGAAGAAGCGGCGGUUAAUCAUACCGGCGUCGUCGCCGUCUUCUUCGAUAAAGACCGAGGAUGAGGAUGAGGAAGGCUCCCAAGUGCUGAUUUCGUCGUCGCCUGAGACUGGUUUUGAAAUCGGUAACCUUCGUGAACAGUCGUCUCCGGAGACUCCGACAGUACUGGGUUGGUUGAGCCAAAGACAUGAGGUUAUCAUGGGUCAGUCUCCGACUGCACAAGAGCCUUUUGGCUGCGUCUCUAUUGACAGCCCGUUUAUCACAGCGUCACCGGCUACUACCGGAAUUGGAAAUAGUCCGGCGUUGUCGCCGCCAGAAAGUAGUAUUUCUGGGUAUGGGAAUGGUAGCAGUAGCGUGGUAAGCUUUUUCACAGAAAUGGUGGCCGGGAGUCCACCACCGCCUUAUCCGUUCUCUUUGUUAGGAGGUGGCUUUCAGCUUUAGACUGUAGUUACUCCAAAGAUUUAUCUUCGAUUCUAUCUUUGUUUUAA